ACUCCUCCAAAAAAAAUGAGAAAUUUUUUAAUUAACAACAAAAAUCCCAUCCGUUAAAAUAACAGCAAAAGGAUUGAAUUCCUCUCACCCAUUUUGCCAACUAAUUGCUUAUGUUGAGGAAGGACCUAUCUUGGCGCCUACUAUCUUCUCUAUUGAGACAAAAAGUUCUAUUGAAACACCACAAUUUCCUACAACAAUUCUAUCUCCAUAAAACAAUUCUCCUUGGUGCAUCUAAAAUUUCUUACAAUUUCUUCCUACGUUGGCUGGUUUUUUGUGCUUUUACCUGCCCGUUUUCAAUCAAAUGCAUCAAGGAUAAACGAAAAUGGGCGAAAAAUCAAACAAUCAUCCCUCAUUUCCUGCAUAUUAAGAGUUAUGAAACCAACCCUUUUUCUCCAAAGAUUGUUUUUCUUCAGGAGAAGAUAAAAAAACACGAUGUUGAACCCGAGAUGUUAUAUAUGGGUCAUAGCGAUAUUACUCUUCAGCUGCAUUAUUUCCGGAGGCACCUUCUUGAUGCUCUACAUGAUCCUACCCGCGACUCCAACUACAUCAUAUUACCCUGUUGUCGGUAUUGUCCUAGUUUGUCUACCAUGGUUCUUUUGGGUCCUUACCAUGCUUUAUCGAAUCCUCUCACGGAGCCUUGGUUUUAGAAUGAUUUGCUGGGGAGAUGGCAUGCUCCCAACAGAAAGCAUGCGUCAAGGCACCAGCAUGGCUGAAGAUGUUGGUGGGUUGGAGGAUGGCAAUGCAAAGAACAACACAGCUGACGGUUCCUUACAAGAAGAUAACACGCGGCAGGUUCAGUUUGGAAAUGCCGUGGUCCUAGGAGAGCAGGACAAGAACCCUAGCCAUGAGGCAUCUUAUGGAGGCUCGCUUUCGUCUAUAGCUUCUCAUGAGAGCCAAAGUCCAUUGAAGUUGUCGAUGGCGUCGUGAUUAAACAUUGGGAGGAAUAGGCAGCUUGGUGAAGUAAAUGAUGCAAAGCAGUCUUGAUAACCUUGUAAAUAAUGCAAUUCAGACUUUUGGGUAUGGUAAUUGCUUUGGAUCUUGUAUAAAAGUAUAGAAACACCAUAGAUGCAGGUAUACAAUCCUCCCAUGUCCCAUCAUAAUCAAACCCAACAAAACAAAACAAAAAAAAUACCUUUCUGAAUUCUGAACAUUGUAUAUUACUCCUGGUUUUGACCUGUAGCAAAAAUAGUUUGAAAAACAAUCUGCAUAUUUAGAUACACUAGCUUCAUUAGCAUACAAUUCUAUGUUAUGUCAUCAAGAUAGCAAAUUUCGUAAUUCCAUCAACAGACUGAAAAUAAUCAAUUUCAAAAGCACUUAAAUUUUGGUUAGGUCGUUUGGUUGCCUCCUAAUUCCCUAGCUUUUGGAAUUUUGAUUUCCUGGAAAUUGUUUAUUUUAAUAGUUGUUUGUUUGAUACUCCUAGUAUUUUAGCAAGCAUCUGAAUUACUAAAGGGGUGCUGGUACUUUUAAAUUUCUUUGUCAAUUUCCCAAACAAAACUUACUUCCCAAGAAAUUAGACAAAGGAAGUAACUUCCAAGGUAUUAUAAUUUCCACAAAAAUUUACUUUCGGUGUUAGCCAAACAAGCUUUUGAACAACGAAAAUGGGUGUUAAGAACACACACUAUUUGGUGUACUCUACAUUGGUAUAGAAAUACAAGUAUGAUUUAGAAUCACUUGGAUCUUGUCUCUAGCAUCCUGAGUACUGAUAUAGACAAUUGCAUUACUCCUAAACUUCGUAUGCUGAUAUUCAUAUACUCCUAAUUAACAUCAAAACAUUCCUUAGAAGGUGUGCCUCGAUCCUCGUGUUUGAUACUCAACAUAUCGAGGGAGUGUUUAGUUAGGCGGAAAAUGUUUUCCUUUAGAAUAAAAUGACUUUUUAUCUCCUUUCUUUGGUGUGCGAAGGUCGGAAAAUAGUUUUCCGUGGUGGGAGAGUUUUUCUAAAGGUGAAAAAAGGGUCUUCUUUUGGAAGGAAAAAAAGCCUUAUUUCCUAUCUUAUACCUUUAGCUUCCUUUUUCUUCCCACAUCCAUCUUUCCCUCUCCUUUUACAUUUCCAUUAUUACCAACUUUUCAAAUAAGGAAUCAAAAUCUAAACUAAUCUACACUCAAAACAUUUAAGUUUCCACUAAAAUUGUUUUUCUUCCAACCAGACAAAGCCUCAAUAUUGUCAUCUACACCCCGCACCAUUUACAUUAUAUGUGAGCUAGUACAAUAUCCAUCUUUAUACAAAAUAAUAGACCUUAAUGUAACAAGUGAUUUGUUAACCUCUAAUGAAAACUAAAUUUAGUAUCUCAACCAAAGUAAAUGAAACAAAACUUGACUAGGUAUCCGUAUGAACUAAUCUAAAUUCAAUUCAAUCCAAACCAAACCUAACCUGAUCCAACUUAACCGAAUAUUAUAAAACUAGAAUUUCAGUUGUACAUGUGCAUAUCUGAUAUAACGUUCAUCAAAGGUUAAUAUCAUUGAUUAACGAGAAAUAUAACCUAUUAGGAACUCAAUCGAAUAGCUCUAUAGAGACCUUUACCAUAGAAAUACACCCUUCGGAUGUUAAGGCACAAUUAUUCUAUAUUGUAUUCAUUCUUAUAGCAACUUUGAUUCUUUGUAGAAACUUUUAGAUUACAUUGCACUGUAAUUAGUUUUAUUGAAUUUAUUAUUCUAAAGCUAAAAGAACAGAACCUUAGUAACUAAAAGAUCCUCUUUAUGUCACAAUUUGAAGCCAUAUCAAGGAACUACUAACAGAAUAUUCUAACUUUCUCCUAAGGUAAAUGUCCUAAAAGAACUUCUUUUGGACGAGGAAAAAGUUUCCAAAAAGGCACUGCUAAUCAAUGGAAAAAAGUUAGCAAAUUCCAUUUACAUUGAACCAAUUAGUACAAUGUUACUAUGGUCUAUACACCCUGAUACAAAAUUCACAAAUUUAAGGUGAAUGAAAAGUGAAAACUUAUAAUCACUAAAUUUUCUCAAUCAUAUUCAAAAUUAGGAGUGUAAAUUCGAUUUUUUUUGGUUCGGUUUGAU